AUGGCCAACAGAACGGAUGUAAGUGCCAUUAAAACUUUUGGCUCUAAUCCGCAAUACUUAAUUUCAAACAUUAUACGAAAUAAAAUAUACGAAAGUCCCUACUGGAAGGAGAAAUGUUUUGCCCUUACAUCCGAAUCAAUUAUAGACCAAGCAGUAAAUUUAAAGUACGUUGGAGGAACAUACGGGGGUAAUAGGAAACCCACUCGGUUUUUAUGUUUGGUUUUAAAAUUGUUACAAAUACAGCCAGAUAAAGACAUAAUAUACGAAUAUAUAAAAAAUGAGGAAUUUAUUUACCUAAGAGCGUUAGGAAUCUUUUACCUUAGAUUGAUUGGGAAAAGCUUAGAAAUUUAUCAGAACCUGGAACCAGUAUUAUUUGAUUAUAGAAAAAUAAGAAUGAGGUUACAGAAUGGCACCUUUCAAAAAAUAUACAUGGAUGAAUUUGUUGACAACUGUCUAAUUUUAAAUAAUUUUUUGGAUGUCGACUUUCCAACCCUGACCAAGAGACAAAUAUUAGAAGAAAAUAAUUUAUUAGAAAAAAUCAAUUUAGAUUAUUAUAAAGAAUUAUUAAAUAUUUCUUCUGGCAAUGAAUUAUUUGAGAAGAAAACCGAGAAAAAAAGAGAUCCUCCAAGUAGGAGCCAUGAUCAAAAAAUGAAAUCCAGGGAAAAUUGCCAUCACCCCAGUAGUAAAUACCCUGACGAAGAGGACUACGAAUCAAGGAAGGAGAAGAAGAAAGAAAAUGAAGAGAAAAAAAUAAUGUGUAGGCGUACAGAUAAGGACAAAAAAAGGCAUAGAGUUGAUGGACAUAGGGGCAAAGACAGGAGUAGAAGCAGUGGUAGAGGUAGAGGGCAGGAACAAGAGAGAAGUCUUGACCGGGAGAGAAUGAAAAAGCAGAAAAGAAAAUAUGAUGAUUAUCGUAAGCAUAAAAUAAAAAGACAUUCGUCAGAAAAGCGAAAUAUCUAUAGCUAUAGCAGGAGUGAAUCACCCGAGGUUCGAAAGAAGGACAAGAGGGUGCAUCAUACACAUAACAACUUAGAUGAAGAAAAGGAAAAAAAAAGGGGGAAAAAAAAGGAGAAAAAAAAGGAAAAAAAAAAAGAAAAGAAGAAAAAAGAUUAUUCCGAUUACGAGGAAAACAAAAAGGAUGCAUUGUCUGUAGAGCGCUGGAAUCAAAUUAGAAAGGAUUUAGGCAUGAAGCCGCUUAAAUGA